AUGUUCACAUUCACGCCCCUUCUGGGGGCGCAAUUUUCGUCAUCGACAGCGUCACAAUCGAUUCUUGAGCUUGAAGGAGGAAUUAAAAUUCUCGUCGAUGUUGGAUGGGACGAGACAUUUGAUGUUCUGGAACUUGCGGAGCUAGAAAAACACAUUCCUACGCUCUCGUUGGUACUUUUAACUCAUGCUACGAUUUCGCACAUCGGCGCUUUCGCGCAUUGCUGUAAGAUUUUUCCGCUAUUCACGCAGAUUCCGGUUUAUGCUACCGGUCCGGUCAUCUCGCUCGGUCGAACGCUACUUCAAGAUAUGUAUACAUCGGCACCACUCGCUGCUACUUUCCUACCUAAAGCAUCGAUAUCUGAACUAGGAGCAUCCACAUCCGCAGCAUCAGCAGCCGUCGCAACAGCGUCUGCAGAAGGUGAUGACCAAAGCAGCAAAAAGCUUGGUACAACAGGGAGAAUACUGCUCCAACCGCCAACUGGAGAGGAAAUCGCUCGAUACUUCUCACUUAUUCAUCCGCUCAAAUAUUCACAGCCUCAUUCACCGCUUUGCUCGCCAUUUUCACCUCCGCUUGAUGGCCUGACCUUGACCGCGUACAGCGCUGGACACACCGUGGGAGGAACAAUAUGGCAUAUCCAACAUGGCAUGGAAUCUAUAGUCUACGCCGUGGAUUGGAAUCAGGCAAGGGAGAAUGUAGUUGCUGGUGCCGCUUGGUUUGGAGGUUCAGGCACCAGUGGCACUGAGGUCAUCGAACAGUUGCGUAAGCCCACUGCACUUAUCUGUAGUAGCAAAGGUGGAGAUAAGUUUGCACCACCUGGCGGUUUGCAUAAAAGAGAUGCCCUACUGUUCGAUAUGAUUCGCAGUAGUCUGGCAAAGGGCGGUUCUGUUUUGAUACCUACGGAUACUAGUGCGCGUGUUUUAGAACUAUCAUACGCACUAGAACAUGCCUGGCGGGAUGCAGCCGACUCUGCCGAUAGCGAAGAUGUGUUCAAGAAAGCUGAAUUAUACUUAGCCGGAAGAAAAGCGCACAGCACCAUGCGACUGGCCAGGAGUAUGCUGGAGUGGAUGGACGAAGGUAUAGUCAGAGAAUUCGAAGCCGUAGAGGGUGGUGACGCCGCGGCAGUUCGAGGUCAUAAAACAACCGACAGUCAGAAUCGCAAUGCAGGUGUGACCCGAGACAAACAAGGAACGAAACUAGGUCCGUUCACCUUGAAGCACUUGAAGAUUGUCGAGCAAAAAAGAAAAUUGGAGAAGGUUCUCGCAGAUGGCAUUCCUAAAGUUAUUAUUGCCUCGGAUACAUCGCUAGACUGGGGAUACUCGAAGGAAACCUUCCGCACUCUUGCACAAGGCUCACAGAACUUGAUUCUCCUGACCGAGACACUUCCGAUCCGCUACCAGACCGAUGACCCAGAGCAGCCUGAUAAGAUGACUCUUGGACGGAUGAUAUGGCGCUGGUAUGAAGAGCGAAGGGAUGGUGUGGCUAUGGAGACAGCUUCCAACGGAGAGCUGCUUGAGCAGAUUCAUUCGGGCGGACGAGAAAUCUCUAUCGUCGACGUAGAGCGAGCAGCGCUUGAUCCGGACGAGCAGGUGCUUUACCAACAAUAUCUCGCAACACAGAGACAAAUACAGAAUACAUCACAGGGACGAGGCGAUGCGAACUUGGACAGCACAGCUGACGCUCUAGAUGAUGGGGCUAGCUCGACAUCGUCUGAAGAUUCUGAGUCUGAGCAACAAGGAAGGAUUUUGAACUUUUCAACAUCGUUGGCACAUACUAAUAGGAAUAAAAUCGGAGUGAGAGACGAGGAUCUUGGUGUUAAUAUUCUUCUGCGACGGAAGAACGUAUUCGAUUAUGAUGUUCGCGGAAAGAAAGGACGUGAGCGCAUGUUCCCUUAUGUUGCUCCUAAGAAACGUGGAGAUGAAUAUGGAGAAUUCAUUCGACCCGAGGAGUAUUUGAGGGCGGAAGAACGUGAAGAAGCGGAUGCGCAGCAGCGAGAAUCUGGACCACAAAGCGAGAUGAAGCUUGGGCAAAAGCGCAAAUGGGACGAGAUAGGGCUAAACAGCCGACGACUAUCCGGCGGUGCACACAAACGUCAAGAGAUGUCUCCAGAUGGGGCUUUAGGAGGUGAUAUUGGAGGCAUACGUGAAGACUUGUCAAUGGGCAGCGACGGUCCAGAAUCUGAAUCUGAAAACGAGGUUGACGAACAACCAUUUGAAGGGCCGGCUAAGACAGUAUAUCAAUAUUCUACGGUAACCGUGAGUGCACGUAUCGCAUUUGUUGACUAUAUGGGUCUGCAUGAUAAGCGAAGUCUGGAGAUGCUGAUCCCUCUCAUUCAACCUCGCAAGCUUAUCCUUGUUGGUGGCAUGAAAGAGGAAACAGCAAGUCUUGCAGCUGAAUGUCGGCACCUACUCGCUGGGAAAGAUGUAGGAGACCGAUCUGCUGUUGUUGACAUCUUCACACCAAAGAAUGGCGAGUCGGUUGAUGCCAGUGUGGAUACUAAUGCCUGGGUCGUGAAAUUGAGUAACAACCUGGUAAGACGACUCAAGUGGCAACAUGUGAGAAGUCUUGGUGUUGUAGCUCUCACCGCCCAGCUCAGGCCGCCGGAAAUAGUCUCGGUCGAGGACGAGGUCACCGAGUCAAUAAGCAAGAAACAAAAGCUCAUAGAAACCGAGCCAGAUGCCGUCUCAACCCCUCAAGAUGGAGUGCAUGACUCGUCGAUCUCGAAGGCAGAUGCAUACCCUAUUCUAGACGUGCUACCAGCCAGUAUCGCAGCUGGAACGCGCUCUAUGGCUCGUCCGCUCCAUGUAGGCGAUCUUCGACUUGCCGACCUGAGAAAACUCAUGAUAGCCGCAGGAUACAAAGCAGAAUUUCGCGGCGAGGGAACUCUGCUUAUUGACGGUAUGGUUGCGGUUCGCAAGUCAAGUACGGGCACUAUUGAAGUUGAGGCUGCAGUGCAGUCCUCUGCAUCAGACCGUAGGGGGCAGGCUGGCAGUUUCCUUGCUGUGAAACGUAAGAUUUAUGAAGGUCUUGCGGUUGUUGCUGGUGGCUGA